AAGCAUGCACUGCCAUAGUAUAUAGUAUAUAAUUAGCAAAUUUGAUGAACUUAAACUGUUAACUAGUUUUCAUGUCAAUGGCUGAGACGACAGUAACAUAGUGACCAGACGAAGCCUCAGACCUUCACAGGGUGAAUGCGACAUGAAACCACCUAUAUUUAUCACAGUUUCAUGGAGAAAGGAGAAUGUACGAGACAAUAGUAACCAAAUAUAGGCAAGUCUAAAUUUUUUAUGAUGAUGAUUUAAGGGAAAAUGAUGAAGAAGUGGAAUUAAACAUUCAUUCCAAAAUAUUCGGGUAAGAUUUCUAGUUCAUAUAGUUUGUAAUAGAAUGAUUGAAGAAAUAAAAUUAUACACAUAUUCUCUGUUCACCCUCAAGUGAGAAUGCAAACUUCAUUCGAUUCUCUCUCGUUUCACUCUAUCCAAAUGAAUGCAGAGAUAAAACAUUGGCUAAGAGCUACUCCUGGGCUCUAGCUCACUCUAACACAUCAAGAAAACGUGCACUGCUACAUUAAAAUUUGAGUCCGGCAGUUGGUGGUCUGGACCGCAGUCAUAAGUGCCGGAUAUAUGCAGCCAAUUGCAACACAUCUUAUUUCCACACACCUAACCAAUUUAAUGAUUAUUUUUGUCAAUUGCAAAUUUAUACAGUAUUCUGUAAGAUCUUUAAGCAUAUAUAUAUUGCGGUCUUCAUUGGACAUAAUUUAAAAAAAGGAUUCUGAAAUUGCUAGCUACUUUGAAAAUGGCUAAUGCCGCAGGCAUUAACAUGGUGACUGUUCUUGAGCACCACCAUGUUUCACCACCACUUGAUCCUUCAGUAACCAUAAAGCUUUUACCCCUCACUUUUUUUGACAUGAUGUGGCUAACCUUGCCUCCCCUUAGCCGUGUGUACUUCUAUGAUUUCCCAUGUUCUACGUCUCAGUUUAUGGAAACGCUUGUUCUGCCUCUUAAGAAAUCGCUUGCCUUGGCUCUUAAAUACUAUUUCCCUUUGUGUGGCAAUCUCAUAAUUCCCACAAAUCAUACCAGUAAUAUCACCCCUGCACUACGUUACUCAAAUGAUGACUCAGUUUCACUAACUAUAACUGAGUUCAGUGGGGAUACUUCCCAAGGAUAUGAGCAUCUCUCUGGGAAUCAUCCUCGGGAUGCUGAUGAGUUGUUUGCACUUGUUCCUCAACUUCCACGAGGUGACACUGAGACAGUUGAAGAUGAGAGCAUUCUGGUAUCUCCCGUUUUAUCUAUUCAGGUGACCUUGUUUCCGGACCAGGGAUUUAGCAUCGGAUUUAGAAACUCCCAUGUCAUUGCUGAUGGAAAAACUUUGUCCAAUUUUAUCAGGACAUGGGCUUCUAUUAAUGCUAAGCAGCUGAUUGGUGAAUGUAAUUAUGAAAUUUUAGACACUCUCCCAUUUUAUGAAAGGAAUGGUAUUCAAGACCCCAGGGGAAUAGCUUCAAUUUUCUUAAGGGCGAAACAUAAGUAUUCUGAAGCCAUUAUUUCUGCAGCACCCAAACAAGACUGGGUUCAAGCCACGUUUGUGAUGAAUAUAGCCCAGAUACAGGGACUCAAGAACUUGGUGAUGGACAAAAUCCCAGAUGUAUCAACUUUUAAGGUAGCAUGUGCCUAUGUAUGGACUUGCAUGGCCAAGACACGGGAAGCUUUAGGGCAUGUAACUGAAGUGGAGCAGCAUUUGAUUUUUGGCAUGGACACCAGGGCUCGUUUGGAUCCGCCAAUACCUGCAAACUAUUUUGGGAAUGUGGUUGUGGUCUGUUGGAAUUCCCUAAAAACCAGUCAAUUGGUAGGUGAGGACGGGUUCUGUAAUGCAGUUCAAGAAAUAAUAAAGGUCCUGGAUGAAAAGAUUAACAAUAACGAGGGAGUUCUGAAAUGUUUAGAGACAUAUAUUGAUGACAUUGAAGCUGCAAAAGGGCAGCCAGCACUCGGGAUUGGUGGAUCACCAAAAUUUGACUAUUAUACUACAGAUUUUGGUUGGGGAAAACCCAAAAAGUACGGAUUUGUAUUCAGGAGUUAUGGCUGUGGACUCAGCGAAUCCAGGGAUUCAAAGGGAGGUCUGGAAAUUGGAUUAUGCUUAACAAGAACGGAGAUGAACAGUUUUUCUACCAUCUUCGUUCAAGGAUUAAUCAACUAAUCCACAGCUUGUUUAUAUUUUAGCAUUUUAUAUAUGUAAUGAAUAAGAUCUCAAUGCCCUACUAAUGGGGUAUUGCUCGGUACCUCUGAUGUUAUUUCAAUAUUUAUGUGCUUGUUUGUUGUUUAUGAUUUUGUUCCCUUUCUA